AAGAAGAAGAAGAAGAAGAAGAAGAAGCCUGUUGUCUAUUGCUACUUUAUUAGCAAUGGAAGAGUACCUGUUUUGAAGGCUCAAUCGCCAGCAACUCCAAGUAUGGCUAGGAAUGUUCCCUGCCAGGAUCCCUAGAGAGUCCCUUGAGGGUCAUUGUAGAUAAUACUGAAUUAGAUGAUGUGGAUUGGUAUCAGGCAGUUCCCGAUGAUCUCCGGGAACGGGGUAGGGAAAACUCUCCACCUGAGUUGGCUAGAUGGGCCAAUGUGUUGGUUUCCGGGGGAAGCCGGCUGUGCAAAAUGCUUGUUUGCUAUCCCUUGCGACAAUCGCACAGCCACUCGGCUGUAUGCCGGUUUCAGGAAUCUCUAGGGAAAGUGCCAUUUGUUUGGGCCCCCUUCUUAAAUUGGUGUGCCUCCUCUGGCUUACCUGGUUGUAGCUUCCAGUGAGCACUAGCCACCAUUGGUUGACUUUUCAGAUCGUCUGGUAUUCUGUGAUUCAAACAGGUUUGCCUCGCCUCUUCCUCUAUACAGUAUGUUGCUUUGAAUGCAACCAUCCUUUGAUAUAUUGCACAAGUUUACAUCAACCGGCGAAGAUGGUAAUCUCUCAUGGAGGUGCCCAUUUCAGGGUGUGUUGACCUCCUACUGAUGUCUCAACCGCCUCGGUGUUGCCGACUUUCCUCCACGGUGCAUUUCCCUCCGUAGACUUCCUUCUCUUUUUUUCCUGCUGUGAGGUGCAAGGGAAGGAGUCCCCAGAUGUGAGAGCAAUACAGACCGGCUGCCAAAGAAACCCAGAAUGAUCAGAUUUGGAGACAUCUUGAAGGUGAUCGGAGAAUUCGGGAGGUUUCAGAAAUGGCUGGUGCUGCUGAUCUGCAUCCCAAAUUUCCUGACUCCCUUUCACAUGUUCGGACAAGUGUUCAUUGUCAUGGACGUGCCUCACCACUGCAACACGAACUGGAUCCUGAAUAUUACCCAAAACCUGACCCAAGAGCAGCAGCUGAACUUGACCAUUCCCAGGAAACUAGAUGGCUCUUUUGAGGAAUGUUCCAUGUUUAGUCCUGUGAAAGGGGAUAUCGAUUCAAUCAUAAAAGAUGGACGAAAUUCCACAGAAGGCUGCCGAGAUGGUUGGGUGUACCCCACAGAUCCAAAGCCGUCGUUGCUCACCGAGUUCAACUUGGUCUGCGACCGAAAGGACUUAAAAGACAUCUCUCAAUCCAUUUACAUGUCUGGUCUUCUUGUGGGAGCCUUGGUCUUUGGCCCACUGAGCGACUGGAUUGGAAGCCAACGGAUGAUAUUGCUCACCCUCCUCCUCAUGGGCGCCUUUGGUGUCGGGGCAGGCUUCGCACCAAAUUUCUACCUCUACAUCGCCUUGAGAUUCAUCGUGGGCGCUGCUUUUGCCGGGAUCAGUAUCAGCAUGGCAGCGUUAACUUCAGAGUGGGUCGGGCCUUCCUAUCGCCCGCUUGCGAUGAUCAUCAGCCACUGCAGCAACGCUCUUGGGCAGAUGGCCUUGGCUGGCUUGGCGUACGCCAUUCGUGACUGGAGACUCUACCAGAUUGCUGGCUCUGCUCCGGCAUUUGCCCUCUUUUUUUACAUAUGGGUUCUUCCCAAGUCUGCGCGAUGGCUUGUGACAAAAGGGAAGGUCGAGGAAGCCAAAAAGGAACUUCGAAAGGCUGCUUCCAUUAACAAACGAGCCAUCUCAGAAGAACUACUCAACCAGCUCACUCCAGAAGAGAAGGUGAAAUCUGGGAAUAUCCUGGAUAUUUUCAAGAAGCCGCAUCUAAGGAUUUUGACUUUAAUCAUGGUCAUAGUCUGGUUUGCAGACAGUCUUGUGUAUUACGGAGUGAGCCUUCAUGUUGGGGAUUUUGGCUUGGACAUCUACAUGACCCAGCUUGUGUUUGGAGCUGUGGAAAUACCGUCUCGAGCCUCCUGUAUCUUCCUCCUCCAGUGGAUGGGGAGGAAGAAAUGCCAGGCUGCUUGGCUUCUCCUGAGCGGAGUCGUGUGCUUGCUCAUCCCUGCUAUUCCAACAGACUUCCCUGUGAUCGUGACGGUGCUGGCUGUUAUUGGCAAGUCUGCAUUGGCUGCCUCCUUUUCAACCACUUAUGUGUUUUCUGCCGAAGUCUUUCCCACAGUCGUCAGGCAAAGCAGUUUAGGCUUGUGCUCCAUGGCUGCCAGAAUAGGGGGCAUCCUUGCUCCGCUUGUGGGUCUCCUGGACAAGUUCCACCCUGCUAUUCCCAUGGUGAUAUUUGGAGGCAUAGCACUGGCCGGGGGAAUCCUCUGCUUCUUCCUUCCUGAGACACGGAACCAAGAUCUCCAGGACGACACUGGCAAAUCCCCAGCAAGCCAGAGGUCAAAAAAGGCUCACGCCGGUAGCUUCGAAAAAAGACCUGCGCAGAAAGAAGCUGGCGAAACGAAAGAACACACCAGCAGCACAUACCUCUAGCAGAAACAGCACAUCCCCUUGCAGUCCAAAGGCAUGCUGGGACAUCUGCAGAAGAUUUUAGCAGGCAAAUGAUGUGGGCAUACCUCUCGAUUGUCCACCCGCCAUGCUCAGGUUGCCUAGGAAAACAUGCGCCCUUGCAAGUCCCAAUGAUCCAGAAGCGUACCUAGGAAAGGCAGGUGCCGUGCUCCUUUAAAACAGCCACACCAGUCACACCAAUCAGGAUUGCCAUUCCUUUUAAUUGAGCAUGGAUGAGGAACCUGUCGCCCUCUGGAUAUUAUUGGACUUCAAUUCCCAUCCUCCCUGCCCAAGGGCCAUACUGGCUGAGGCUGAUGGGAACCGAAGUGCAGCAAUCUCUGGGGAGCCACAGGUUCCCCAUCCCUGUUAAAUAAAGUCUCUUUUUCUGACCCAUUA